UCGGAGAUAGAAAGACCACCAAAAUCUAUGGCAUAGAAGGAAGCAGGUGGCCGAAGCCAAAUCCAAGUCCUAACAUCCACCUGAAAUCUCGGUUUCCCACUUCAUUCCUCCAACAUAUAUGCGCAACGAUCUCUUUAACUUCAGUGUGCAGUGUGCUGCAGUGUUUUACCUCCUUUCGUGGCAUAUAUAGCCCCACACCGGUGAAUCCAAAAUCUAGAGCUACUUAGAAGAUAGAAUAAGAGCACCGAAUCAUUCCCAGUUACGAUGGCCUUCGCCACCACCGCCUUGCUCUCUUCUAACUUCCUUGGAAGGAAGGUUGUGGUAUCACCGCCAACCCCCAAAACAAGAAAACCAUCCACUCCGUUACCGUUUGUUUUCAAGAGAACCAUUUUUAACGCUCACAAACCCAAUUCGGAAAAACUGAAUUCCGCAUCUUCACAAGCUGCUCUAGCGGCUCUUCUAUUUUCCUCCGCCACUCUCUCCGCCACCCCACAGGCCGUAGCCGCUGAUAACGUCACCCCUCCACCCGUGAUCGAAGCGCAACAGAGCCAAUUAAACCCCUCCAACGCAACCUCCUCACCUUUCUCUACGAACCUUCUCACAGCACCCAAACCCCAAGCCUCUUCGGACCUCCCCGAAGGCACCAAUUGGCGCUACAGCGAGUUCUUGAACGCCGUUAAGAAGGGUAAAGUCGAGCGAGUCAGGUUCAGCAAAGACGGUUCCGCCCUCCAACUAACCGCCGUUGACGGCCGUCGAGCCUCCGUUAUCGUCCCCAAUGACCCCGACCUCAUCGACAUCCUCGCCAUGAACGGCGUCGACAUUUCCGUCGCCGAAGCCGAAUCGCCUAACGGCUUGUUCAACAUCAUUGGCAAUUUGCUCUUCCCCUUUUUAGCAUUCGCCGGGUUAUUCUUCCUCUUCCGCAGAGCCCAAGGCGGCCCCGGGGGCCCCGGUGGGCUUGGAGGGCCAAUGGACUUCGGGCGGAAUAAGUCCAAGUUCCAAGAAGUCCCCGAAACCGGGGUUACCUUCGGUGACGUGGCGGGCGCAGACCAAGCUAAGCUUGAGCUGCAAGAGGUUGUUGAUUUUUUGAAGAACCCUGAUAAGUACACUGCGCUGGGUGCGAAGAUUCCGAAGGGGUGUCUUCUGGUGGGGCCACCGGGAACCGGGAAGACACUUCUAGCUAGGGCUGUGGCGGGGGAAGCGGGAGUGCCGUUUUUCUCGUGCGCGGCUUCGGAAUUCGUGGAGCUGUUUGUGGGGGUUGGUGCGUCGAGGGUGAGGGAUUUGUUUGAGAAGGCGAAGAAUAAGGCGCCGUGCAUUGUUUUCAUUGAUGAGAUUGACGCCGUGGGUAGGCAGAGAGGGGCGGGGCUUGGAGGUGGCAACGAUGAGAGGGAACAGACCAUUAACCAGCUUCUGACGGAGAUGGAUGGGUUUUCUGGUAAUUCUGGAGUUAUUGUUUUGGCUGCAACUAACAGACCUGAUGUUCUUGAUUCUGCAUUGUUAAGGCCUGGCCGGUUCGAUAGGCAAGUUACUGUAGAUAGACCUGAUGUUGCUGGCAGAGUUAAGAUCCUUCAGGUUCAUUCAAGAGGAAAGGCGCUUGCAAAGGAUGUUGACUUUGAAAAAAUUGCAAGGAGAACACCGGGGUUCACUGGGGCUGAUCUGCAGAAUUUGAUGAAUGAAGCAGCUAUUCUUGCUGCCAGGCGUGACCUCAAGGAAAUCAGUAAAGAUGAGAUAUCUGAUGCACUUGAAAGGAUCAUAGCUGGACCUGAAAAGAAAAACGCCGUGGUCUCAGAUGAGAAGAAGAAAUUAGUAGCAUAUCACGAGGCUGGCCAUGCUUUGGUUGGUGCUUUAAUGCCUGAAUAUGACCCCGUAGCCAAGAUAUCAAUUAUUCCUCGUGGCCAAGCUGGUGGCCUCACAUUCUUUGCUCCCAGUGAAGAGAGGCUCGAGUCUGGAUUGUACAGCAGAAGCUACUUGGAAAAUCAGAUGGCUGUUGCUCUGGGUGGAAGGGUCGCUGAAGAGGUUAUUUUUGGCCUGGAAAAUGUCACCACCGGAGCAUCAAACGACUUCAUGCAAGUUUCUCGAGUGGCAAGGCAGAUGGUUGAGAGAUUUGGGUUCAGCAAAAAGAUUGGACAAGUUGCUAUUGGUGGUCCUGGAGGAAAUCCAUUCUUGGGUCAACAGAUGUCAACGCAAAAGGAUUACUCCAUGGCAACUGCCGAUGUAGUGGAUGCGGAAGUAAGGGAACUGGUAGAGAGAGCAUAUUCUAGGGCAACAAAUAUCAUCACAACUCACAUUGACAUCCUUCACAAGCUUGCUCAACUUCUCAUAGAAAAAGAAACUGUUGAUGGUGAAGAGUUCAUGAGUCUAUUCAUUGACGGAAAGGCCGAAUUAUAUGUUGCAUAAUCAUACACGUAAGUCAUAGGAUCAAUGUUUGUACUUUAAGAUACGCUCAGACAUGUACACUGUAAGAAUGAAUUAAAUAUUUUAUCAAAUUCAAGGAGGAAAAAAAAUAGCACAACGGCUGACGCCGAAAAAGAAAUACUGUUCAGUUCCUGUUUUAGGCCUUCUAA